CCGAUUCAUACCGAACCAUCCCCGCCCCGACCCUUCCAGGCUUGAUUACAACGGCCAUUGUCAAGAUGGACACACUUCUGACCGCCGAGAUCGCCGCCAACGCGCCGCGGUACCGUCGCAAGAGUUCGACUUUUAUCGACGGCAUCCACGAUGUUUCCGACAAUCAGGGCAAGUUGGCCCCUGCCCAGCUCUACAGCACCAUGUCUGGGAGGCUGUUUCACUCGGGGAGAAUUGCCAUUGUCAUGGUUGGCCUACCGGCUCGGGGAAAGACUCAUAUUUCCGUCUCGAUGGGUCGCUACCUCUCGUGGCUUGGCGUCAAGACUCGCAUCUUCCACCUGGGCGACUAUCGCCGCGCUACCGUCCCAGGGGGCCAUGUUCCGGAGGACUAUUUCUACCCCAAUGCAUCUCCGGCUUCCAUGAUGCUACGUCAGAAGAUUCUCAAGAAGUGCAGAGAAGAUAUCUAUGCCUGGUUGAAUCACGAGAACGGCCAAGUCGCCAUCUACGACGCCGUUAAUCCCACUCGGAGCGGGCGCAUUGCCCUCGCAAAGGAAUUCGCUAAGCACGAUGUCCAGACCCUGUUCAUCGAAUCGUAUGUCGAUGACCAGGAGAUCCUGAAGGAAAAUGCCCGCAACGUCAAGAUAUCCUCACCAGAUUUCCAUGGCAUGGAUCCGGACGAGGCAGCGAGUCUCUACCUCAAGCGGAUCGAGACCAAGAUCCCUGUAUUCGAGACGAUGGAGGAGGAAAAUUUGAACUUCGUCAAGAUGAUCAACGCCGGCCAAGCCUUCUACUACAACAAUGUCAGCUUCAACUACCUGUUUCACAGAAUCGUCUUUUACUUGACCAACCUUCAUAUCAAGUCGCGGACCACCUUCUUUGUCCGCGCCGGCCCCGCCACGGACGAAGAUUCGUAUAAGGCUGAUGCCCCUCUCUCCGAGGAAGGCAUGGCGUAUGCAGAGAAGAUGACGGAAACACUCCUCCGACACCGAGAGCAAGAGCGUCAGGCCUCCAUUGCCCAGGGCGGCCCGGACGUGCCGUUGCGACCGCUGACCGUGUGGACAUCCACGCGCCUCCGCACCAUGCAGACCGCCGAACCGCUGAAAAGGAUGGGAUUCAAAGUCCGGCAGCGGUCCCAGAUGAGCCAAAUAAACCCCGGGGUUUGCGAGAAGCUGUCGGAGCGUGCGAUUCGCGCCCUGUAUCCCGAGGAAGUGAAGAAGCACGAGCUGGAUCCGUACCACCAUCGCUACCCACGCGCCGAGUCGUAUCAUGACCUUGCUGUCCGAUUGGAGCCGAUCAUCCUCGAACUAGAGCGGGAGCAGAAUGAUCUCCUGAUUAUUGCCCAUGAGAGCGUGUUGCGCGUCCUGUAUUCAUACUUGAUGCACUGCAGUACCAUGGACAUCCCAAAAUUGAAGUUCCCACGAGACGAGAUCAUUGAGAUCAUUCCCGCAGCGUACCAGAACAACGCCAAACGCAUCCACAUCCCGGGACUCGAUCCAAGGACGAUACCGGGCUCACCAGAAGACAUUCGGAUUCCUGUGCCGGGUGAUCCCAGCGCUAAUCUCCCUCCGAUCCCGGGAAUGAGCAGCCCGGAGCCGGUCGAUGUUGCUGUCCCGCGGCCACCCGAGAAGAUCAUCAACAACGCGAAGGAGACAGUUUCGGAUAAGCUGGCCGACGAGGAUUGAGUAAGCGGUGGAAGGCCAGGGGGUAGCAAAUAGCGGGCAUCCUAACCGCUGUCGGCGGCCCCAUGUCCAUGGACAGAACCCGCCUUUGCAGGACGCUUCCGGCCAAUAACAAACCCUAACCCUUCCCUUUGCUCCUGCCGAUUGAUGACGUCGGUCGUGGGACUCCUCCAAAGCUCCCCCGCAGUGGGAAAUUCAACUCUCCUCUCAACUGAGCGCCAGUACCCGACUAG